AUGUCACAGGACAGGUCCAAGACGGUCGUCGCCUUUGACUUAUACGGCACGCUUCUUUCGACCGAGUCCAUCGCCAAGGAACUCGCGACGCUGUACGGCGACGAGAACGCCACGGGGCUGGCGGCCCAGUGGCGGAGGUACCAGCUCGAAUACACGUGGCGAAUCAACAGCAUGGGCACCUACCGUCCCUUCUCCGAGCUGACGCGGGCCGCGCUGAAGCAUGCCGUCGCCGAGAAGAAGCUGGCCAUGUCCGAAGAAGACGAGGGGCGCCUCAUGGACGCGUACAACGGCCUCGAGGCCUUUCCCGAGAUCGAGGCGGCCAUGGACGUCGUCGAGCGGGACGGGUCGGUCGACGCCUACGUCUUUUCCAACGGCACCGACGACAUGGUGCGUGCGUCGAUCGGGACAUCGCCGGGGCUGGCCCGGAUGAGCCGUGCUCUCGGCCCGGGUAAGCUGGUCACGGUCGAGGAGGCGCGGUGCUUCAAGCCCGACCCGCGGACGUACGCCCACUUUGCGGAGAAGGUCGGCAUGUCGGGCCGGGAGGACGGCAUCUGGCUCGUCAGCUCGAACCCCUUUGACGCCCUGGGCGCUCGGGCGGCCGGUUGGCGCUCGGCGUGGAUCGACAGGUCCGGGACCGGGUGGAUCGAUGGGCUGGGCGGCGUGAUCGGUACCGCCCCGACGAUUGUGGCCGUGGGCGUCGACGAGGCCGUCGAGCAGAUCGUCGGACUUUCCAAACCAAGGGCGUAA